CCAGCAAGGGAGGGUAGACCAGGAAGGCUCAGCAAAAGGUGGGUGGGAGCCUCAGGGCCAAGGUUGGGAGGACGGGAGGCAGCUAGACAGAAAAUUUGGGUGACUAGGCAGGCAAGAGCAGGUGGGGAGUUGUGUGACCUCAGCACUGGCAAGAGACCCUGGAUUCUUCAUCCCUGGGCUGGGGGCCGAACCUGCUGAGCCGGGCCGCCCCCUCUCCCACACCCACUCUCAGCACCUGGAGCGGGACCUAUCCUAUCCACUCCUGUCUCCGCCUCCUUUGCUUCCCAGUCUCGCAGCUCUUCCCAGCCUAUCCAGGCCCAGUACUCGGCUGCCCGCGGGAUCUCACAAUCCGCCCGGCCUGGCCCUGGUGGGCGCCCCGGAAGCUAUGGAGGUGCUGGUCCUGGCUGGAUACCGCGCACAGAAGGAGAGCGAGCUGAGUCUGGCGCCCGGGGACGUAGUCCGACAGGUAUCCAAAGGACCUGCGCGGGGCUGGCUGCGCGGAGAACUGGGGGGCCAUUGUGGCUUCUUCCCCGAGCGCCUGGUGCAGGAGAUCCCGGAGACUCUGCGUGGCACGGGAGAGGCGCCGAGACCACGCUGUGCGCGAAGCCUAGGUCGCCCCGUCAAAUCUCGGAGCCCCCAAAGAUGGUGCAAAGUGAACUUCAACUACAGCCCGGAGCAGGCGGAUGAGCUGAAACUGCAAGCUGGGGAGAUUGUGGAAGUGAUAAAGGAGAUUGAGGAUGGCUGGUGGCUGGGAAAGAAGAACGGGCAGCUGGGAGCCUUCCCAUCCAACUUUGUGGAGUUGCUGGACAGUGGGCUCCCAAGCCUUGAUAACCCAGACAUGUCUUCUUCAGUCAGCCCUGAUCCCCAGCGGCCUCCCAAGCUGAGCAACCUGACCUAUGACAGCCCUCCAGACUACCUGCAGACAGUCUCCCGCCCUGAGACCUACAGGGUCCUGUUUGACUAUCAGCCUGAGGCUCCAGAUGAGUUGGCACUGCGGAGGGGGGACGAGGUGAAAGUGCUGAGGAAGGCCACAGAGGAUGAGGGCUGGUGGGAAGGAGAGUCUCAAGGCAGAAGAGGAGUUUUCCCAGACAAUUUUGUGCUCCCACCACCCCCAGUGAGUAAGAUCAAGAAGCUGGUCCCACGAAAAGUGGCAUCUCGAGAAUCAGCAGAGAGAGAGCUCGCUCGGGCUGCUGGGGGAAGACAACACCACAGGCAAGCUCCUGUUAAGGAACCAAAAAAGAUGAUGCCCAAAACAGCCCUCCCUACAGUCAAGAAGUUGAUGACAGCCCACACUGUGCCCAGCAAAGCCAAGCCAUCUUGGACACCUGGUGGAGACGGUCAGAAGCGUCCCUCCCGAGACUCAGGCUCCAGCAGCAGCCUCCUCAGUGGGGGCCCAGGCCACCCUGGCAGAAAGCGAUCCAGAACCCAGGCUUCCCGCCAACGAUCUGCAAACCGUCAGGAGGAAGAGCGAAGAAGCCGAGGAAAAGCCCCUCUUGUGAAUAAAACCCCUACUCUGGCCAAGACCCCCAACCCACAGAAGACCCUGUCUCCAGAUAAGACCUCUACUCCAGAGGAGAUCCCAACUUUAGAGGACAAGGCCCCCAGCCCAGAUGGGGUCUUUUCUGUGGAUGAGGCCCCUGCUCUAGAUGUCCCACCUGAAGAUGAAGCCCCUUCCCCAGAGAUGGCCCCUCUUGGGGAUGAGGCCUCCACCCUAGAAAAGGCCUUGACCCCAGAGCAGAUGCUCUCAGAAGAGGCUUCUGCCGGGGACAACACUCAGCUCCAUACCUUCCUUCCGGAGGCAGCCGGGCCCAAGGGCGAGUCUUUCUUGGUCACUGGGGCUCAGUCCCAAGAGGAGGCUCACAUGCCAGAGGGACAUCCUCUGGAUAAGAGGGACAGCUCCACACUCCAGUCUGAAGUUAAGCCAGGGUCCAUGCCUGCCCUUGAGAAAGUCAUCCCUCCAGAAAAGGCCACUUCUCUCCCAGCGGAGGCACCUGGGAAGGAUGAGACUACCCCCAAAGAGGAGGUACCCCACGAAGAGAGAGCUCCUUCUGAAAAUAAUCCACAGCCUGUCAGGCCGACUCCAGACCCUCAAGAGACUCCCACCCUCCAUUCACUGGUCCCGCAAAAGCCCACGGACAGCAAAAGUGACAGAGAGGAUGUCAUGAGGCUACAGAAUGAGGUGGAAUCUUUAAGGCAGGCCCUGGAGCUGAUGGAGGUGCAGCUGGAAAAAAAGCUAACAGACAUCUGGGAGGAGCUGAAGAGCGAGAGGGAGAAGCGCCAGUUGCUGGAGGUUCAGUUGAAGAUGAGGACCCAGGAAUCCCUGACCCCAGGCCCUAGCCUCGAGGAGACGCAGACGCACUGAGGUGGGCCCUGGAGGAGAAUCAGCCUCUGGUCACCCAAGUCCUUGCACACAA